AUGAGUUCUGAUUCAUCGUCUCGUGCUCAGUCCGACGAGGAAAUAUCACAUUCUUCUUCCGAAGAAGAGGUACCUCCCGCUCCCACCGGAUGGGAUGUAGCGGGUUUCGCCAACAACCCAAUCAACAACUAUAUCUCCCGCUGCAUACAAAGCGAGAUCGCUCGAAUGCAGCAGCCACCCCCCCAACGGCCAAUCCGCCGGCGGCGCCGAUACAUCCCUCGCAACCACACUGGUGCGCACGAUCGGCUGUUCGCCGAUUAUUUCGCGGAGGAACCACGUUAUCCGGCAGAUGUAUUUCGUCGCCGGUUCAGAAUGCGCCGCUCCCUCUUCCUGCGCAUUGUUAAUGCGUUGUCCGCGCGUUACCCCGAGUUCCGGCUCCAGCGAGACGCAGCAGGGAAGCCCGGACUAUCGCCCCUACAGAAAUGCACUGUUGCCAUCCGGCAGUUGGCAUAUGGAGGGUCCGCCGACAUGUUCGAUGAGUAUCUGCAAUGCGGCGAGACGACUGGCAACGAGUGCCUGAAGAAUUUCUGUCAGGGCGUGCGAGAGAUAUUUGGGGAGCACUACCUUCGCUCGCCGGACGCAGCUGACUGCCAGUUCCUACUGGAUUGGCACUGGAGGACCCACGGCUUUCCGGGGAUGCUCGGCAGCAUCGACUGUAUGCACUGGCAGUGGAAGAACUGCCCAACCGCGUGGCGAGGCCAGUUUACUACCGGCUACAAAGGCCCCUCCAUCGAAUUCACGGCCAAUGGCAAUGUGCAUAACAUGGGGUACUACCUGGCUGACGGCAUCUAUCCGCAAUGGCCCGUGUUUCUGAAGACGAUCAGAUGCCCACUCGGAGAUAGAAGAAGGUAUUUUGCCCGAGCGCAAGAGUCUGCGCGCAAGGAUGUGGAGAGGGCAUUUGGGGUGCUCCAAUCGCGAUUUGCACUUGGUAAAGGGUCCGACGCGCUUUUUUACUACCUGAUUUGA